CUCUAAAACCUUUCUUGAACCCAAUAUUACUGGAUCAUGGGAAAAAGCCCAAUUCAACCAACAAUACAUCAGUUGGUCCCACCAAUCAAUUCAUAAGCCACAACAACAAAACUAACAAACAAACAAAUAUGGAUAAUCCAUAUUAUAGACCAAUCCAAAACCUUCAAAACCCCAAAAACACCAUCAAAUUAUUUUAACACAACACUUUCUUCCAACCCAGAAAAAAAAUGCAGGCCUUACAUUGUAACACCAGAGUGUUGGCACCAACUGUAAAUUCCCAAUUUUGUCAUUCCACUCAUUUCUCUUUUAUUCCUCAAUACCCUUUUGCUCCAAUUUCAUGCCCAUCUCAAUUCUCUCUUCAAAAUCUAAACUUUAGUAGUAGUAAUUGCUCUUUUAGAAUCAGACCAAUUAUCCAAGCUUCUUCAUCUUCAUCAAUGGCUUCCUCUGAAACUCCUUCAUCUACUGAAGCCAAGCCUUUCUCUGUUCUCUUUGUUUGUUUAGGGAAUAUCUGUAGAAGCCCAGCUGCUGAGGGGGUCUUCAGAGAUUUGGUUAAAAAAAGAGGGCUCGACUCUAAUUUCACAAUUGAUUCUGCUGGCACCAUUGAUUAUCAUGAGGGUAACCCAGCAGAUUCAAGAAUGAGAUCAACUGCAAAGAGGCGUGGGAUUGAGAUUACUUCAAUAUCGAGGCCAAUUCGGCCGUCUGAUUUUAGGGAUUUUGAUCUCAUUCUUGCAAUGGAUAAGUCUAAUAGAGCUGACAUACUGGAGGCACUUGAUAAGUGGAAACAAAGAAACAACCUCCCUCCUGAUGCUGAUAAAAAGGUUAAGCUAAUGUGCUCCUAUUGCAAGAAACAUGACGAAACUGAAGUACCAGACCCUUAUUAUGGUGGACAACAAGGCUUUGAGAAAGUUAUAGAUCUUCUCGAAGAUGCUUGUGAGUCCCUGUUGGAAUCCAUACUGACAGAGAGCCAUCAGACUUGAGGAUUUUGUGCCCAUUUUAAGCUUGUUUAUACUGCGAAAUUAAAUGGACGAGUGACAACAGUAAUGACCCUGUCCUGUUGAGUCUCCAAUAUGUAAGGAGUUGAUUGGGGAGGGACAGAGGGUUCCAGUAUUUGAGAUUUGACUAUGUAAAUGGGAAAUAAACUUGUAAAAGGUUGAAUUUAAAGAUUGUAAAAAUAUUGAUUUUAGACAACUGAUUCAGUUCAAUGCUAAGUCUCAAUUCUGCCAUAUUUUAAAUCA